AUGAACUGCUAUGACGCCAUUCUUGGCAAGCCUGAGGGAGAGCUUACUCCUGCUCAGGAGCAAGUUUUUCAGAAAACUGACAGGCUUUUCAGGGCUGCUCUGUUAUCUGUACUUGGAGAGAACAUUAUUGAACCCUAUAUGUCCUUUACUAAUGGCAAGGACAUGUGGGCUGCCCUCGAGGCCAAGUUUGGGGUCUCGGAUGCAGGCAGUGAAUUGUACAUCAUGGAGCAAUUCUGUGACUUCAAGAUGACUGGUUAUCGCUCAGUUGUUGAGCAGGCUCAUGAGAUACAGGCACUGGCCAAGGAGCUUGAGUACUUCUCCUGUGUGUUACCGGACACGUUUGUUGCCGGAAGCAUUAUUGCCAAGCUGCCUCCUUCAUGGAGGAAUUUUGCUACUUCCCUAAAACACAAGAGACAAGAGUUCACUGCUUCGGAUCUCAUUGGGACUCUUGAUGUGGAAGAAAAGGCGAGGGCAAAAGACACACUUGCUCGUGGUGCUGAGGGUGGUUCAAGUGCCAACUUGGUACAGAAAAAGAACUUCCAGUCCCACAAGUUCAAGAACAAGGGCAAGUUUGAUGGCAAGAGCAAGUUCGACUGGAAGAACAAGCCCUCACAGUCCACUAAUUUCAAGAAGAAGACUGAUAAGAAGAAAGGUUCCUGUCAUGUGUGCGGUGAUCCUGAGCAUUGGGCUCCUAGCUGCCCCAACCGUUAUGACAGGCGCCAGCAUGGGAAGGGCGGCAAGACCGCCAAUGUUGUCAUGGGCGAUGUUGAUAUGAAGGAUGUUGGGUAUGAUCGGAGGGACUCAGUCCGUGCUUGA